CUUCUCCAUAACCCUUCCUUUGUUUCUCUCUCUCCCCCUUAUCUUCUUCUUCUUCACUAAAGAUCAAGUCCCCUCGAAACCUCUUUCCAGUUCCCUCUGACCAACACAACAUGGCUUUCGAUGGUUUUGUCCCCGACCAUACCAAGGACAUGCAAAUCCUUGCUCUAAAUAACCCCCCACCAUCAGCUGUCGAACUCGAUCACUGGGAAAGAGCCAAAUGUAAGGCCGAGAUAAUGGGACACCCCAUGUACGAUCAGCUGUUGGAAGCUCACGUCGCCUGCCUGCGUGUUGCCACGCCUGUUGACCAGCUCGCUCAGAUCGAUGCUCAGUUGGCUAGGUCACAAGAAGUUUUGGCUAAGUACUCCUCGGCCGCUGCUGCUGCCGCCGCGGGUUCCGUUGAGGAAGAACUCGAUCACGUCAUGGCAAAUUAUGUUAUAUUGCUUGGUUUCUUCAAAGACCAAUUGCAACAACAUGUUCGCGUUCAUGCAAUGGAAGCAGUUAUGGCUUGUUGGGAUCUUGAGCAAUCACUUCAAAGUUUAACAGGUGUCUCUCCAGGUGAAGGCACCGGUGCAACCAUGUCUGAUGACGAAGAUGAGGCUGUAGAUGGUGACACUAGUUUGUUUGAUGGAAGUUUCGAUGGCUUUGACAGCAUGGGGUUUGGCCCCCUCGUCCCAACCGAGACCGAGAGAUCAUUAAUGGAGCGUGUUACGCAAGAACUGAAGCACGAGCUGAAACAGGGCUACAAGGAGAAAAUUGUGGACAUUAGAGAGGAAAUUCUGCGUAAGAGACGAGCCGGAAAGCUACCAGGCGACACCACAUCGUUUUUAAAAGCUUGGUGGCAGUCACAUUCCAAGUGGCCUUACCCAACUGAGGAAGACAAAGCAAAAUUAGUCCAGGAAACAGGUUUGCAGUUAAAGCAAAUUAACAACUGGUUCAUAAACCAGAGAAAAAGGAAUUGGCAUAGUAACCCCUCUACCUCUCUAAAGAGCAAACGUAAGAGGUAGGCUGCUUAUUCAAGAGUACCAUUGGCUACUUUUGACUUGGGAAGAAGUACACGGGAUGAACCUGUAUUGAACACUUGGUGUAAAUUAAAAAAAAAGAAUCUCUUAAUAGAUAACUCCAUGUUUGAUGUUCCACUGUCGAUCUGUUCAUAGUAGAGGGAGUUGAGUAUGACGCUGUUGCAAUGGGAACGGCUAGCAUUGCUUUUCAGCUUUAAUCUGAUGCUGAUAUUUGUGUGUAACAAUUGUUGUUUUAGAUCCUUAAUUUAGAGCAUGUAUAAGACCGGUAAAAAAAU